AAAUAGCCAAAAGAACAGGGAGCUGUUCUUAAAAAUUUAGAGAAAUACACAAGGAUAAGACCUGCAACUUGCGAGCCAAGUCCUCUCUCUCUCAAGCUAAGAAAUAAUACACCAGAACUCUUCUUUCUCAGAUAUUAGGGUUUCGAUUUUUUUUUUUUUAUUUUCAGGGCUCGGAUAUCUACUUUGUGAAACCCUAAUUUGGUGCUAAAUACCUCAAAAAUUAAGGGCUUAUUGGGCUGUUUUUCUUUGUCGUAAAGAAAUGGGUGGUGAGGAGGGAACGAGUAAUGGUGACAGUGCAGGUGAGGGAUUUCAGUGCUUGAAAAUUGGACCAUUCCGUAAUGGUUUUAUUGGGAUUAGGAUUGGGAAUGAUAGUAGUGAUUGUGGUUUAGGCUCCAGUGAGGGUUUACGAACUUACAAGAGGCGCAAGCGAACAAGGUCGAGUUCAGAGAAUAAAGGUCAAGAGGAUGGGAGAGGCUCUGUCGAAGCAGCUAGUAAGUUAGCAACUGAGACUGCAAAGGAAGCUCCGUACGGUAUUCCCGAUAGCCAUGCUUCUUUGGAUGGUUCAAAUGAUGUUUUGCACAAAGAGAGCAGAAAUUUUGUCCUCGAGAAUAUAUAUCAAUCAUUAACUGAUAAUCAUGAUGGUAUACAGGGUUGUAUCCAAGAUACACAUAUGAUGACAAUAAAGGACUCUGAUGCUGCUGACAAAGAUAGGAAUACGUGGUCCUCACAAUUAGGGUGGAUGCCUAAUGGAACUCACUAUGCAGCUAGAGGGAAUAUAGAUGUCACAUUGAAUAAAUCAUUGGAUGACUCUCAACGGUCUGUCACUGAGAUGUGCCAGCAUGCUUUUGCUAACAUCAUAAUAUCUGAAAAGUUCAGCUUACUGUGUAAGCUACUGUCUGAAAAUUUUCAAGAGAUGAAGCCUGACAACUUUUUAAGCCUAAGUCGCAUAAAAAUAAAGAUGAAAGAUGGGGUUUAUGAACGUUCACCUAUGCUUUUCUAUGAAGAUAUUCAACGGGUUUGGAAGAAACUUCAAGGAAUUGGUAACGAGUUGAUAUCUCUUGCAAAGAGCCUCUCAGAUGUGUCAUCGACUUCCUAUGAUGAACAGCAGUUCCAUCCCCAGGAGUCUCAUUUUCAUGGUAAACCAGAGCAAAUAGAAGCUUGUGGUGCUUACAGUGUCUGCACUUGCAGGCGUUGUGGAGGCAAAGCAGAUGGGAGGAAUUGUUUAGUAUGUGACUCAUGCGAGGAAAUGUACCAUGUAUCCUGUAUUGAACCUGUCGUCAAAGAGAUUCCCUCCAAAAGUUGGUACUGUGCUAGCUGCUCUGCAGCAGGGAUGGGAUCUCCUCAUGAGAAUUGUGCAGUGUGUGAGAGGCUGAAUGCCCCCAGGAAUCUAUGUACUCAAGCUAGUGAUGAAAAGGGUUCUCCAACAAUUGAAAAUGGCAGUGAGUUUGAAGAGGCUUCAAAUCAUAUCGAGGAUGGUUUUCAUCAAUCACCUGCAGGGGGGAAAAAUGUCUGUUUCUGUAAGAUGUGUGGAAGUGAGGUGGAAAAUGGUGAAAAGGUGAAGAUAUGUGAGCAUAUUUUGUGUCCUUACAAGUAUUACCAUGUAAGGUGCCUGACAAAUAACCUGUUAAAAUCUUAUGGUCCUCGGUGGUAUUGCCCUUCUUGCCUAUGUAGAACUUGCUUCGUUGAUAGAGAUGAUGAUCAGAUUGUUUUAUGUGAUGGUUGUGACCAUGCAUAUCACAUGUAUUGCAUGAGUCCGCCGCGCACUUCCAUACCGAGAGGGAAGUGGUUCUGCAGACAAUGUGAUGUGAAAAUCAAAGAAAUACGCAGAGCAAAGAGGGCAUAUGAGAAACGAGAAAAAAGAUUGGAAAAGAAAGCUGAAGCAGAUAAAAGAGCAUGUGAGAAUCUUGAGAAGAAAUUGGAUGAGAAAUGUGAAAAGGAAUCUGGUAACGGUCGAUUGGACAUUCUUCUUACUGCAGCUUUCAAUUUAUGACCAAAAAGCUGGCUUAUAGGAGAAAUACCCUACUCUAGAUCUGUUCUUCGAAACAAUUAUUUUGACAGCAAAGGGCUCCACAUUUUGAAAAUGUACUAGAUAUAAGUACACAAUUCUUCAAACGUGUACCUGAAGCCAAUUUUUCUGAUUGAAAUUAUGUAAAAUGAAGAAACUGCGUUCAUGCAGUCUGUUGUUCAUAGUGAAAGUGAAAGACUACUUUCAAUUCUUGCGA